GUCGCAGUCACGUGACCCAGAUUUCCGGGCUCGCUCGCUCGCUCGCUCGGCUUCCCGGGUUGCAUCCAUCCAGGUCGUCGCUGCUCCACCGCCAUCAUGCCCAUGUUCAUCGUGAACACCAACGUGGCCCGCGCCUCGGUACCCGACGGGCUUCUCUCCGAGCUCACGCAGCAGCUGGCGCAGGCCACCGGCAAGCCGGCCCAGUACAUCGCCGUGCACGUGCUGCCAGACCAGCUCAUGGCCUUCGGCGGCUCCAGCGAGCCCUGCGCGCUCUGCAGCCUGCACAGCAUCGGCAAGAUCGGGGGCCCACAGAACCGCACCUACAGUAAGCUACUAUGCAACCUCCUGAGCGAGCGCCUCCGCAUCAGCCCCGACAGGAUCUACAUCAACUACUACGACAUGAACGCGGCCAACGUGGGCUGGAACGGCUCCACCUUCGCCUGAGAACCCUGCUGCGACCCUUCUCCUCCCUGCCUGCCUGCCCUAGGCAGGCCCCACCACCCGCAGUCUUGUGCCAACUCCCCUCCCGACCACCCCACCAACACCCUCCAGACGGGAGAAAUAAAACGGUUUGGACUCU